AUGAGGAGCUCUGAAGAUCGCGAGGACUCGGAGUUGCUUCCGGCAAAUCGUCCUCGUUCCCCGUCCAGAAGCUCUUAUGACUCGGAUGACUCUGGAUUAUCCGUCGAUUCCAUUCUCGAAGAACAAAAGUAUAAUGCCGCGACGAACGAGACAUUGGGGCUUCCCCAAGAAAUGAGAUAUCACGAUGAGGAGGGCGGAGAAGCUGGGUCUAAUGAAGCCCUUCAUACGAAGGCUUCCAGCAGUCGUUCGCGACGGCUUCUCUGGUUGGUGGUCUUACUAUGCUGUGGGGGCUGGGUAGUGGCAUUUGUGUUGUUUAUAACACAAGGGCGCGCGGAUUAUCGAACUGCGACAGACGAGCUGCAGUCGGAUAACUCUGGCUCGUUCUCAGACGGUACAAGCUCGGGGAAACCUCUGACCUUACAACAAGUGCUUUCGGGAGUAUUCUUGCCUCGAGGUCAUGCGAUCUCCUGGGUUGCUGGUCCUGAUGGUGAAGAUGGGCUGUUGAUAGAAAGGGGAGAGGAUGAUGAAGCGGGUUACCUGCGUAUUAAUGACAUUCGCCAGGAUGGCAAAGUCAACCGGGUACUAAUGCAGAAACCUACCGUGGGAGUUGAUGGGAGGACGAUUAAGCCAAGUGCCACGCGGCCUAGUCCUGAUCUGAAGAAAGUCUUGAUUAUAUCCAAUCAAGAGAAGAACUGGAGGCACUCCUUCACCGCGAGUUAUUGGAUUUUCGAUGUAGAGACUCAGACUGCCGAACCUUUGGACCCCAACAACAUUGAUGGCCGAGUACAGCUUGCUCUUUGGUCUCCCAAAUCUGACGCCAUUGCCUUUGUUCGAGACAACAAUUUGUACUUAAGGAAGCUUUCUUCCGAACGCGUUGUACCCAUUACCAAGGACGGUGGGGAACAGCUAUUCUACGGUGUUCCCGACUGGGUAUAUGAAGAAGAAGUCUUCUCGGGAAACAGUGUCACCUGGUGGUCUGAAGAUGGUUCUCAAAUCGCCUUCAUCAGGACGAAUGAGUCGGCGGUACCCGAAUUUCCCGUUCAAUAUUUCCUAUCUCGACCGUCAGGAAAGAAGCCACAGCCAGGGUUAGAGAACUAUCCGGAAGUAAGAGAAAUCAAGUAUCCAAAGGCUGGCGCGCCCAAUCCGUUCGUUAAUCUGCAAUUUUAUGACGUCGAGCAAGGUGAAGUCUUCUCCGUUGAUACGCCCGACGACUUUGAUGAUGACGAUCGGCUUAUCAUUGAGGUGAUAUGGGCUGCUAAGGGCAAGGUCCUUGUCCGGACAACGAAUAGAGAAAGCGACAUUUUGAAAGUGUUCUUGGUUGACACUGAAUCAAGAGAAAGCAAGCUUAUCAGGAUCCAAGAUAUUUCCGAGCUUGACGGUGGUUGGGUUGAGCCUACACAGUCCGUGAGGUUCAUCCCUGCCGACCCAGAUAAGGGCCGACCAUUUGAUGGAUAUCUUGACACUGUGGUUCAUGAGGGAUACGACCAUCUGGCUUACUUUACCCCUCUCGAUAAUCCAGAGCCCAUCAUGCUCACUUCUGGCGAAUGGGAAGUUGUGGACGCGCCUACUGCUGUAGACCUGACUCGUGGUCUGGUGUAUUUCAUCGCUACUAAAGAAGCGCCGACUGAACGCCAUCUAUACCGUGUCCGCUUAGAUGGGUCUGAUCUCACGCCGUUGACUGACACGUCUCAACCCGGCUAUUACAGUGUCUCGUUCUCGGAUGGUGCUGGAUAUGCAUUGCUUAGUUACCAGGGUCCUUCCAUUCCCUGGCAAUCUAUCAUCAGCACCGAAGGUGAAAAGACAACAACACUCAGAAUUAUCGAGGACAACACAGAUUUGUCAAAGUUGGUGGCUCAAUACGCUUUACCAACAGAGAACUACCAGAACAUCACCAUUGAUGGCUUCACGCUGCAAGUCGUCGAGCGACGUCCACCCCACUUUAACCCAGCGCGAAAGUACCCUGUUCUAUUCCACCUAUACGGAGGCCCAGGGUCUCAAACUGUGGACCGCCGUUUCAAUGUAGAUUUCCAGUCAUAUGUCGCAGCAAGUCUUGGCUACAUUGUUGUCACCGUUGACGGGAGAGGCACCGGCUUCAUCGGUCGAGCAGCACGCUGUAUCAUCCGUGGCAACAUCGGGCACUACGAAGCCAUUGAUCAAAUUGCCACGGCCAAAAAUUGGGCACAAAAGCCGUACGUCGACGAGUCCCGAAUGGCGAUCUGGGGCUGGAGCUACGGCGGCUUUAUGACGUUGAAGACUCUCGAACAAGACGCCGGCGAGACAUUUCAGUACGGAAUGGCUGUUGCGCCUGUCACAGACUGGCGGUUCUAUGAUUCCGUCUACACAGAACGCUACAUGCACACCCCGCAGCACAACCCAACAGGCUAUGACAACACCAGCAUAUCGGACAUGGCCGCCCUUCAUAACAAUGUCCGCUUCCUUGUCAUCCACGGUGCCUCAGACGACAACGUCCAUAUCCAAAACACGCUCACCCUAAUUGAUAAGCUGGAUCUCGCGAGCGUCCAGAACUAUGAUGUGCAUUUCUACCCUGACUCCGACCAUAGCAUCUUCUUUCACAAUGCCCAUACUAUGGUUUAUGAACGCCUUGCAAGCUGGCUUGUCAACGCGUUCAAUGGCGAGUGGCAUCGGACAGCAAACCCCGUUCCAGACGAGUCGAUGUUGAGGCGGCUUGCGAAGAGGGUUUGGCCUGGUUUUGCGCAUUGAUUUGCUAAAUAUUGGAAUAGGAUAUCUAAACGUGUAUAUGAGUAUGAAGCCGGACAACCUUUAAGCUUUGCUUUAACAGUGAUCGUUUUUUACGAAGGCGUUCUUUAGGAAGCGUUUCAUGUUUGUUCUUAAUCUUUUCAAAACAAAUGCGUAACACACGCGGUCUAUAUGAUCGGCAAAGUCCCUAAGAG